CAAGGGAACAUGGAAAAAGUCGUCCUUCUUCUGUCCACUAGUCAAUGGAUCACCUUCUGUAAAGGAUUUUCCUGCCAUUAAAUCUGGAGAAAGAAAAAUAAGCACUCAAACCUGCACAAGCAAGUAUUCCUCCUCGACUCCUGCUCACCACCCCACCCCAUCCCCCAUUACUUCUCUGUCGGACCAUUUUUAGCAUCUGCGGCUGCCGGACUCGGGAGAUGGAUGGGCUGGGGGAGCCGAAGGGCACCUCGGAGGAGGAGCAGGACCAGGCAGAGCCCCAGGACAGUAAGCGACAUUUGGGGACGAUUCACGGAUGCUUCUCCGCAGUGGUUUCCUCUCUGGCCGUUUGCUUGCUGGGUUGUCAGGAGGGAUUCCACAGCUGGGUGGUUCUAAGCCACCAGAUACGUGAAAGGCCACAGGAUGCUGGUGCUGCUAUUGCAUGCGGUGGUCCUCGGCCUGCCCAGCGCCUGGGCAGAGGACGCGUGCAUGCGCACCUGCCCGGCCGCCUGCGCCUGCAGCAGCACCGAGCGCGGCUGCUCCGUGCGCUGUGACCGCGCCGGCCUCCUGCGGGUGCCCGCCGAGUUUCCGUGCGAGGCGGCCUCCAUCGACCUGGACCGGAACGGCCUGCGCUUCCUGGGCGAGCGGGCCUUCGGAACGCUGCCGUCGCUUCGCCGCCUGUCGCUGCGCCACAACAACCUAUCCUUCAUCACGCCCGGCGCCUUCAAGGGCCUGCCGCGCCUGGCCGAGCUGCGCCUGGCGCACAACGGCGAGCUGCGCUACCUGCACGCGCGCACCUUCGCCGCGCUCAGCCGCCUCCGCCGCCUCGACCUGGCCUCCUGCCGCCUCUUCACGGUGCCUGAGCGCCUCCUGGCCGAGCUGCCCGCCCUGCGCGAGCUCGCCGCCUUCGACAACCUGUUCCGCCGCGUGCCCAGCGCGCUGCGCGGCCUGGCCAACCUGACGCAUGUGCACCUGGAGCGCAGCCGCAUCGAGGCGGUGGCCUCCAGCUCGCUGCAGGGCCUGAGGCGCCUGCGCUCGCUCAGCCUGCAGGCCAACCGCGUCCGCGCCGUGCACGCGGGCGCCUUUCGCGACUGUGGCGCCCUGGAGCAUCUGCUGCUCAACGACAACCUGCUGGCCGAGCUGCCGGCCGAAGCCUUCCAAGGCCUGCACCGCCUGCGCACGCUCAACCUGGGCGGCAACGCUCUGGGCCUCGUGGGGCGCGCCUGGUUCGCCGACCUGGCGGAGCUCGAGCUGCUCUACCUGGACCGCAACAGCAUCGCCUUCGUGGAGGAGGGCGCCUUCCAGAACCUCUCGGGCCUCCUCGCUCUGCACCUCAAUGGCAACCACCUCACUGUGCUGGCCUGGGCCGCCUUCCAGCCUGGCUUCUUCCUGGGCCGCCUCUUUCUCUUCCGCAACCCGUGGCGCUGUGACUGCCGCCUGGAGUGGCUUCGGGACUGGAUGGAGAGCUCGGGGCGCGUGGCCGACGUGCCGUGCGCCUCCCCGGGCUCCGUGGCCGGCGUGGACCUCAGCCAGGUGGCCUUUGCGCGCUCUAACGAUGGCCUCUGUGUGGAUCCCGAGGAGCUGAACCUCACCGCGUCCAGUCCGGGCCCGUCCCCAGAGCCUGCGGCCACCACCGUGAGUAGGUUCAGCAGCCUCCUCUCCAAGCUGCUGGCCCCGAGGGCCCCGGUGGAGGAGGUGGCCAACACCACCGAGGGUCCGCUCAACACCUCUCUGGCUGACAGCCUUCUCUCCAGUGGGGUGGUUGUUUCGGGCCACAGCACCCGGUUUCUCCUCGGCUCUGGUCUCCUGCUCAGCGUGGUGUUUGCCCUACACACGGAGUGACCUUGCGCUUGGGGUGGCUCAGAUUGCCGUGGCCAGCAGAGGAAAGUUGAAUUCACUGGGCCUGAGGGUGUUUGUGGUGGGGGAGAGGGGAACCGGAUGGGGCAGGUGGUGAAAAUUCCAACCCAGGAUGGAAGCGACAGUUAACUUCCAGAGAUGGCCCUAGGAAGAGGAGAGCCCUGGGCAGUGCCGCGCCCGGAUGGGGUGGAGGUGGGGAGAAGAAUGGAUUUCUGCUCCUGUCACCUGGGCAUCAAUUGUACAAGAGAAGCAAGAGUGAACAUGGGCCCUCCAGUGAACAGACGAGGAAUUGGAAGUUCCUAGGUCUACAGGGCUCCACCCUCAUCCCCUGCCCCCAUCUCCCAGGACACGGAGACUGCAGUGCCUGAAUUAGAGUCAAUCAAGUGGCUAAAUACUAAGAACUGUGCUAGUUUUUCUGGCAGGACAGCCCAUUAAGCCCAGUCCCUUUGUUUUCUACCACAGUUGUCCCCCCCCCCCCGGGGGGUGGGGGUGGGCAUGGGCCACUACAAUCCAGGAAUAUGGAAAGGACAGGAGAGGAGAGAAGGGGGAUGUGAGAGGAACUUUAGACUCGAAGGGGGGUGGCCAUGGGUCUUGGGGUCUGGAAUGUGUUAGGAGGCAUUGAAAACAAAGACCCGUUUCACUUACUCCACAAUUAUUCCCAGGGGUGGCCUUAGCCACAAAGCAGCUU